AUGGACAACUCACCAGAGCACUCCGUUUUGCACGGAGCUGACACCCUUCGGCAUGAACCCACACUGACGCAUGCCCCGUCUGCUGGAGCUGUCUCUAUGAGCCCUGAGCUCUUCGAAAAGCUCUAUUUAACUCCCAAGGUUGUUCGCGCUGGGGACAACAUCAAGCGGUUCGCCAACCCUACGCCCCUGGGAUUCAUUGGCUUCGUCAUCUCUGCCAUGACCUUUUCCAUGGUCUUGAUGGGCUGGGGAGGAGCGAGUGGACUUACGCCAGUUGUGGGGAUUUUCUUCUUCGUUGGCCCAGUCCUUCUCCUGUUGACCUGCGUCUUCGAGUGGAUUAUGGGUAAUUUCUUCCCUAUGAUGGCGUGUGGUGUGCUGGCAGUCUUCUGGUUGAGCUUUGGCAUGUUGCAGCUACCUACGUUGAAUCUCGCGGCGCCAUACACCUCUGCCGACAGCAGUCCUGCCGGCGCACUCUCGACAGGGUUCAACGCUGUCAUCGCCCUGUACCUGGUUGUCUGGGGGUUUGCCAUUUUGACAUUCUUGGUCCUGUCCAUCAGGACCAACUUGGUCUUCGUGCUGAUCUUUCUUUCCGUCACUGUCGGUUGUUGGGUCCUCAGUGGAGCAUAUUGGAAACUCAGUACAGGUGACUAUGGCAUGGCUGGACAGCUGCAAAAGGCUGGCGGCGCUCUCAUCUUUGUGGCAGGAGCUCUGGCUUGGUACAUGACAGUUGCCAUGAUGGCAGCCGAGCUGCAGUAUUCUGUCUAUCUUCCCGUUGGUGACUUGAGUCAUCUUUUCAAACCGCCUGGAACGGGCGCCAGAAAGGCAGAUGAGGAAGCAUAG